UGUCGUAUUGUUUAUUUUAGAGGGGUUAGGGUUUUAACGUUAAAGUGAGCGGCACAAUAUCGCAGUUCCUCAGCAGCUUCAUCUCCUUAUCUCGCAACCUCGUUUCCUCUGUGUAGCAGAGGUUAUCGAAGUGUAACGUUAAUUAUCUUAGUUUGUUCUGUCACAUCGAGAUGGGAGCAAAGGCAAAGAAAGCUUUGAAGAAGAACAUGAAAAGGGCUUCCUCCAGUAAGCCAUCUCAAGGUGCAGAUUUUUUGCCCUUGGAAGGUGGUCCUGCUCGCAAGCUCCCCGAACAGAAGCCGCUGGAGAAUACUGCCACCGUGUUGUACGUCGGUCGGAUUCCUCACGGAUUCUAUGAGAAGGAGAUGGAAGGUUAUUUUGGGCAAUUUGGAACCAUCAAGAGAUUGAGAAUUUCGCGGAAUAAAAGGACUGGAAAAUCAAGACAUUUUGGGUUCAUAGAAUUUGAAUCUCCCGAGGUAGCAAAAAUUGUAGCUGAUACUAUGCACAAUUAUCUCCUUUUUGAACACCUUCUCCAAGUCUAUGUGAUACCUCCGGAGCAAGUUCAUCCAAGAUUAUGGCAAGGAUUUAAUUACCGUUACAAGCCAUUGGAUACCGUUGAAAUUGAACGGAAGCGUCAUGACAAGGAAAGAACAUUGGAAGAGCAGAAGAAAUUGGUGGAGAAGAUUCUGAAACAUGACAAAAAACGUCGAUUAAGGAUUGAGGCUGCUGGCAUCGAUUAUGAAUGCCCUGAGAUUGUGGGUAACAUCCAGCCUGCUCCAAAGAAAAUAAAGUUUGAAGACUAAGUGGAUGAUUGUUGCUGUAUAUCCUGAGAGGUAAUAGAGCACUUAAUUUAAGAGGUGGUUUUGACACCCUUUCUUUCUUCUCAGAGAUGCGUUAAGAGGUUGGUUGCUGAUCUACUACCAAGUCACAAGGGUGCAUAAGAGUAUGCUUUUUUAGGUUUUUUUAUCAGUAGCAAAUAGCAAUAGCAGUUAACUAUUGUCAGCCUUGGCAAUUUUGGGACCUCGGAAAUUUUGUAUUCUCAAAUAUCUUUAUAGAAGCAUUAUCCAUUUCAUAUACUCGUCAGCUUUUAAAGCAGUUGAUUGCCUUCACUUUAACAAACUUUUUUCCUUUCAAAAAUUAAAUCCUCUAUUCUUCCUUGGAUUGCA